UUAAAAAGUUUUUUUUUAAGGCUCAUCAGUACAGUGUGAGGCGACGCGCCGUGUGGUAACCUAUCGACAAGCGACGGUAUAAAAAUGCAUCACAAACCUAUGCUGUACGUCGCUUGCAUCGUCCUUGCCAUGGACUGGUGGGCAUGGACAAGUGCCGAGCUUUUUACUGCGAUAUCAGACUUAGAACCGUUACUGGAGACCCAGAAAAAAAUUAUCGAUGACUUGAAUGAUUAUGUUCAAAAAGAAGAGAAAAGACUUGGUGUUUUAAAAAAGCAAAUAAAUGCGUACAACAGAGAACACGAGAUGGCGAUGGCGGACAUAGACAACUAUUUGGGCAAUCCCAUCAACGCUUUCACUCUCAUCAAGCGACUCACUACAGACUUUAAUUUUAUACAAAAUAGAAUUAAACUCGGCACAGCGUUCGUUGGGAACGAGACAUCAAACAUCAUAAAUGUGAGAUAUCCCACCGAUGAGGACCUGACUGGAGCUGCGCAGGCUCUUACUCGGCUGCAAAACACAUAUCAACUCGAUAUAAAAGAACUGGCACAGGGAAGGUUGAAUGGAAUCAUUUACAGCGGAGUCAGCCAACCAGCGGUUUCAACACCACUAACUGCCAGUGAUUGCUACGAGCUCGGUCGUAUACUGUACAAUGUCAAAGAUUACAAAAACUCUCUUCGCUGGAUGGAAGAGUCGCUUGUCAAAUACAAGGAGGAAAAUGAAGACUACAACUUUACAGAAGUCGAUAUUUUGGAAUACAUAAGCUAUUUGUUUUACCUCUUAGAUGAUGGUCAAAAAGCUUUAGAAUGGACCACAAAACUUUUUAGCAUCGAUCCAAACCAUCAACGCGCACUGAGCAAUAUUCCAUUUUACCUUAAGAGUGUAGCAGAAAAGAAAGCGAGGCUUCAAAAUAAUAACACUGAGGUGAUGGUCGAAGAAGAAACAUUUUUACAGAAAGAGAAAAAAGUAUACGAAGCACUUUGCCGGGGUGAGAUGAUUGUGCCGAGUCAAAUAAGUAGAAAACUUAAAUGCAGUUAUUUGACGAAAAAUCAUCCAUUUCUGAAGCUGGCUCCAAUAAAGAGGGAACAAAUAUACAUAGCGCCUGACGUGUUCGUGUACCAUGGGGUGAUGAGCGACGAGGAGAUCAAGUGCAUCAAGGAUAUGGCCAAGCCCAGGUUCAAACGUGCCACGGUCCGCAGUGCGAAUGGAGGGGUUAUGUCAGCGGACUACCGCAUCAGUAAAUCUGCGUGGUUGACAGAUGAGGAAUCAGAAGUGGUAGCGCGCGUUUCACAGCGUGUUGCGGACUUCACCGGUCUUACCAUGGCCUCCGCCGAGCUGCUGCAGGUUGUCAACUACGGCAUCGGAGGACAUUACGAUUCCCAUUAUGAUUUUACUUUGAAAACCGACUUACCUUAUGAAUCUGCCGACGGCAACAGAAUAGCUACAGUUUUAUUCUAUAUGUCGGAGGUGGCGCAGGGGGGCGCCACUGUGUUCACGCAGCUGGGACUGAGCGUGUUCCCAGUGAAGAGCUCCGCCCUGGUCUGGUUGAACCUGCACCCGUCCGGUGAGGGCGACCUCUCGACGCGGCACGCCGCCUGCCCCGUGCUGCGCGGCUCCAAGUGGGUAUCGAAUAAAUGGAUCCACGAAAGCGGCCAAGAAUUUCUUGCGCCGUGCAAUCUGGAAUACCAACGAGAAGAGGUUAUGCGGAAAAUUAUUAAAGCCAAGCCCAGAGCAAAAGAAUAGCGCGUAACAUUUUUUUAGAAUUAAACGUUGUGUUACA